UUUUAAUCAAAUAAUUUCCAAAAAAAAACCCAUAAAUAGUGAUUAAACAAAAAUAUCAAGUUUGAGUAUAUUUUUUCGACUGUAAGAAUUUUUUAAAGCUAUAUUGAUUUAAAAUAAUUUAUGCUGAGUUACAAUGAAUUCAAGCUGAUUUAUGUGAUUUAAAAUAAGUUAAGAUGAUUUAACGGAUUUAAUUUUGAGUUUUUAGCUGAUUCUUAUAUCAGUCGAUUCCCCCCCUUGUUCGUGACCCUUUCAGUAAAUUGUAAAUAUAAUCUGUUUUUUUUUCUAGUGUGUGUAUAGUUCAUUUAGAUUUCUGUUGAGUAUCGAUGUGUGGAUACCAGUUUGAUGAGAUGAGUUUAUGACAAAAAUUCUUACAUGGACACACAUACCAUCAUGCACCAGGAGACUGACACUAGUAUCAGCAUCCACACACAUACUUUUUCAAAUGUUGGAUAAUAGCUUUGUUGAGAGCUGCAAAGAAGUAUAAAAUAGCGAACGAGCCGAAUAUUUAGUCGAGGAUAAAGCGAGUUUACACAGAUGAAUUUUACAUGUUUUAUCGCAUUUACAAUUUGAUGAGAUAAUUGCAAACGAAAGUAAAACAAGAAAUAGGUCAUAUAUAUUUCAUAGAAUAAUGUUUCAAAAAUUCGAGAGACUCUUUCAUAGAUCAGCAAUAUAAUAAAAGACAUGCUUCCAAGACAGCGAUGAUCCGUAACAUAUCGAAAAACUGGUUUGAUCAGUUCAUGAUUUUUAUACAUGAAUUCGUUGCAAAAUCAUAGAAGCAAAACCCAUAUUUCUCAUUCAAUGUCUUCAUCUUUCUCAUACAUCUCUAUCAUCGUAAAAAAAGAGUUAAAAAAAUAAUUGUUGUUAACAAAGUUGAGAAUUUGACUAAAAAGGGUUUCUCGUCUUGUAACAAAAUUCGAUUUCUAUGAAGAGAAACUUUCUCUCUCUUAUUUUAUAACUCUUUUUCUUGUCUCUAUUUUAGACUAUUCAUUACGUUCUCCAUCCAGCACCAACAUUCAUCCGAAUGCUCGAUGGCAACAAAAUGGUAUCACUGUGGCUGGAGGAAAUCGACAAGGCAAUGGAAUCAAUCAACUCUCAUACCCAUUGGGUUUGUAUGUUGAUGAUGAUCAAACAAUCUAUGUUGCUGAUCGAACGAAUCACCGUAUUGUGGAAUGGAAACGAGGUGCAACAAGUGGCCAAGUGGUUGCCGGUGGAAAUGGACAAGGAAGUGGAAAUCAUCAAUUGCAUAACCCAAGAGAUGUGAUUAUCGACAAAGAGAGAGAUAGUCUCAUCAUAUGCGAUACUUCGAAUAGAAGAGUGGUUCGAUGGCCUCGUCGAAAUGGGACAAGUGGAGAAACAAUCAUCUCCAACAUCUAUUGUUGGGGUUUGACAAUGGACGAGAAUGGAUCUCUCUAUGUCAUUGACCAUGGAAAAAAUGAAGUGAGACGAUAUCAAAGAGGAGAAUCUCAAGGAACAGUGGUUGCAGGUGGCAAUGGAAGUGGAAAUCGUCUCGAUCAACUCUAUUACCCACAAUACGUAUUCGUCGAUCGAGAUCAUUCAGUGUACGUAUCUGAAUGGAACAAUCAUCGUGUGAUGAAAUGGAUGGAAGGUGCAAAACAAGGCAUUGUCGUGGCUGGUGGUCAAGGACAAGGAAAUGAUCUUACACAAUUGUCAUCGCCUGCAGGAGUCGUUGUCGAUCAAUUGGGCACUGUCUAUGUGGCUGAUCGAUGGAAUAAUCGAAUCAUGCGUUGGCCGAAAGGAGCCACACAAGGAAGUGUCAUUGUUGAUAGAAACGGUAGUGGAGGACAAUCGAACCAACUCAAUGGACCAGUCGGUUUGUCAUUCGAUCGACACGGGAAUCUCUAUGUCGUCGAUUGUGGAAACGCUAGAGUCCAAAAAUUCGAACUACAAUCCAAUCCGAAGUAAACCUUAAAACACAUAUAAAAUAUUCGAAAAAAAAACUUUCACGAAAUGACUCACCCAAUUAACUAAUUAGCUAAUUAAAAAUUAAUCAACAUAAUAUAUACUAAUUAUACUAUAAAUAAAAAACCAAACGAAAAAACCUUAAUUAGAUGUAAAAACACCCAUCCUAUAGUAGGAAACCAUAAACACACAUAAAAAGAGAAACAACAAAACAUGGCGGAGACCUGGCUGACUUUCCUCAAAACGGAAACCUUGGAUUUUCCAUGCCGAUUCCAAGCAUUCCAUGAGACGAAACAAAGUGUGGCAUUUCGAAUAUUGUAGAUGAUGAUGAAUUCUAUCAGAUUCCAAGGAUUCCAAAAGAUCGCAAAGUCGGACACCAUGCAACUUUGGAUGUCCUGAAAACCCCUAUGGUCUCCAAAGGACUUUUCACACAUUCGAAGGAUUCCGUGAGGGGAAACAAAUUGUGGCAUUUCGAUUAUUGUAGAUCAUCUCGACUUGUAUUAGAUUCGAAGGAUUCCAAAAUAUCGCGAAGUGGGACCCCAUGCAACUUUGGACCUCCCAAAAAUCCCUAUGGUCUCCAAAGGACUUUUCACACUUUCCAAAGAUUCCAAGGAUUCCAUGAGAGGAAACAAAGUGUGGCAUUUCGAAUAUUGUAGAUGAUGAUGAAUUCAAUCAGAU